AGUCGUUAAUUCCUCGGGGAAAAUUCUGACCACCCAAAAGAGCCCUCAUUCUAGCACAGCCUUAUCCCACAACCUCAGAUCACAAGGCAACCCCACAGCAGUCAAAAUACCCAGCAACAGCAGAUUGGCCUGCUCUCCUGGGCGGCAUUAGAUAAGGACUUAAUGCCUUCUGGCUAUCACAUUCAGACUUUCUCAGCUACUUUCUCUCUUUUAACUCAAGGAAUUAACACCCACUUCCCUUUUUAAAUGCUGUAGUUCAUGAACACAGGAUGCCCUCUCAGUAUGCUCCAAGUCUCCGGAUUCGUCUGCCUGGGCUCAUUUUCUUUUUGGAAGCUGCUUUCAUCCUUAUAUUUUUCUUUUUCUUUUCAUAUGACCAUCAAAGUGUUCAAAAAGACCUUGCAAUCUAUCCAGCAUUUCAAGAUGUCAACAUCAUGGUGGUCUUGGGCUUUGCCUUCCUCUUGGCCUUCCUGAGAAGAUACGGCUUCAGCAGCACUGGAUUCAGCCUUUUCCUUGCAGCCCUUGGAGUGCAGUGGGCUUUGAUCGUGAAUGGCUUCAUUUUCCAUUUCUCAGACGGGCAAGUGAAGAUAAAUCUGCAAAGCAUCUUGGCAGCCAUUAUGAGUAUUACAGCGGUGCUGAUUUCAGCUGGUGCGAUCCUCGGCAAAGUCAACCUGAUGCAGUUAAUCUGCAUGGCUAUGGUGGAAGUGGCUGUUUUCGCUGGGAACAGAUGGAUCAUUGUGAAUGUUUUGGCGAUUAAGAGCCACAUCAGCUUGAUGCAUGUUCAUUUAUUUGGGUCAUUUUUUGGCUCCACCAUCUCCUGGUUCCUCUACAAUUCCUCACUGCACCCAAAGGUUGAGAAAGAAAGAUCAAAGCCUGCCUCUGAUGUGUUUGCAAUGCUGGGUACUCUCUUCCUCUGGACGUUCUGGCCCAGCUUCAAUUCUGUGUUGGUAGAGAAUGAAGAGGAAAAACAGGCUGCCAUUUGCAACACCUAUUUUGCAAUGGCUACAAGUGCUGUGGCUGCAUUUGCGUUCUCAAAGGCUACCAGUAGUGAUGGGAUGUUCCACAUGGCCCACAUCCAGAAUGCCACUCUGGCCGGUGGGGUUGCUGUUGGCUUCUCAGUUCCCAUCAUCCGAUACCCUUGGAUUGCGAUGACUUUAGGUCUGGCGGUCGGGACAGGCUCUGUACUUGGCUUUGCCUUUUUACAGAAGCACCUGGAACCGGCACUUAGGAAUCAUGAUACCUGUGGAGUUAUUUACACGUUUGGCCUGCCCAGUGUGAUUGGAGGGAUCACCCGCAUUAUUCUUAUCCUAAUAGACAGCCAGGAAGACCUAGAAGGAAUGGGUUAUACGGCUUUGAUUGAACUUGGUGCACCCUGCAUGAUCAUUUCCCUGGGUCUGAUAGCUGGACUCAUUACAGGUUUCUUACUAACUUUUGAAUUCUGGAAAGCACCUCCUAUAACAAAGUAUUUUGAUGAUCAAGCUUUUUGGGAGUUUCCACAUUUAGCUGUUGGAUAUUGAAUACAGGCAUCAAGACGGCAGUAAACUAGUCAUGGAAGAUUUUGUCUAUCUGCCAUUAAAGCCACCAAAAGUUGUGUAACCUUUUCAUAGAAACCAUUUGUUUGCAAGACUGAAUGAACUACAUUACUGCUUCGUUGAAAAGGCUGCCAACCACCUUCUUUUCUCUAAGGCAUACUAUUUACAGCUGAACCUGCAAAAUGCUGAGGAUUUUGUUUUGGGGGUGUAUUAAAUGUGGAUUUUACCUCACUUGACCUUCCCCUGCCAGCACCUUAAAUGCAGUGGUUUUAAAAACUUUCCACACUGAGUUGUCUGUUGUAAAAUUCUUGCCACCUUGCAGAGGAUUCUGGGGGCAUUUUCUAGGUGUUGCACCUUACAAGGGAGUGUGGAAAAGUUGUCCAAGUGUACAGUGUGAUAUAUGGAGCUAAGUAUUUUAUAAUAUGCUAUGCCUCCACAGUUGUGUAAUUUUAUAUCUCCAUAUGCCUACCAUCUUUCUUACUGCUACCACUGCCUUUAAUGUCCCAAUUAACCCUGUGCAUAAAUGGCUUAAAUGGA